AUGAUGCGGGGCAACAAGGCUGCAGUGGCAGCCGCUGGCUUCACUGCUCUGGCCUCGAGCCAGCUUUCGGCUUUUGCAGUGCCUCGUGCAGCCGACAUCUCAGCUCCGGCAUCGCUCCGAUCGGCGGCCAGUGGCAGCACGCAGGCACAAGCCUCCCAGGGAGGUGUUCUGGGCGUGACAAGCGUGGCCUGUGCUGCCGCCGGCUUCGCAGCCUCCCGGCGCCGUGGCGUGGGCUCCUCCGCUGUCACCCGCGCCAAGGACAGUCGAGUCGCAUGUGCCGCCGUUGGUGGCCAGAAGCGAUGCCUUGUCAUGGGCGGCACCCGCUUCAUCGGUUGCUACCUCGUGGCAAAGCUCAGGGAACAGGGCUACGAAGUUGUUCUCUGCAACCGCGGCAAGACGAACGGGGGAAAGCCGGAGCGCCUUCCUGGCGUCAGCGAUGCGGACUACCAGAAAAUGCUUGAGGGCGUUUCGGUCUUAGUCGCAGACCGCAAAGUGCCCGAGCAGCUGAAGGCUGCAGUGACUGGAGCAGGCAAGUUCGACCUUGUCUUCGACAACAAUGUCCGCAAGCUGGCAGAGGUUCAGCCGCUGGUGGAGGCGGUGCAGGCCACUGGUGGUUGUGAGCAGUUCUUCCUUAUGAGCUCAGCCGGCGUCUACGGGCCGACGGACGUUCUUCCGCUGAGUGAGGAGAACCCAGGUGACCCGAACUCGCGCCACAAGGAGAAGCUGCAGUGCGAGAAUUACUUGGACGCCCAGGGCCUGAACUGGACAUCCAUUCGCCCAGUGUACAUCUACGGACCGCUGAACUACAAUCCCGUUGAGCGCUACUUCUUCGAUCGCGUCAGCCGUGGGCGCCCGGUGUGUGUUCCGUAUGAUGGCAAGUACAUCACGCAGCUGGGUCACUGUGAAGAUCUUGCCGACUUCAUGAUUAAGUGCAUUGGUAAUCCAGCAGUGCGAGGACAAGUCUACAACGUCUCCAGCGAGGAGUAUGUGACCUUUGAUGGCAUGGCGAAGCUGUGCGCAGAGGCGGCCGGCGUUGCCGAGCCCAAGAUCGUCCACUACGACCCCAAGUCAGUGGAAGUGCCGGAAGGAUUUCCCAAGGCGUUCCCCUUCCGUGGAAUGCACUUCUUCGCGUCGAUUGAGAAGGCGAAGCAGGAUGUCCCCAACUGGGCUCCGAAGUACAACAUGCUGGAGGGCCUGAGGAGUAGCUUCCAGCAAGAUUACUUGGCACGCGGCUUCGACAAGCAGCAACCAGACUUCCGGACGGAUGAGCUUAUCCUGUCCAAGGCGGCAUGA